AUGUGGAUCGAUUCCGAUCCCAAUGUUUUCGGAAGCACUGUUCUGUUUCAAAACGAAGGAUGGAAAAUAUCAUGUUUCAAUGAAACAGCAGAUGCAAUAAAUGCUCUGCAGAUGCAAAAAAUAUCUCCGACCGCUGUGAAAUGUAUCAUUACGAGUAUGAUGGAGCGAGGUGGUCGCAAAGAGCGAGGUUUGCGAAAUGGACUAGAAAUGCUAGAUGAUAUAAAAUUAAUCUGGCGGUUAGCUAAUGAAUCAUAUUGUCCGCUUAUCGCAGUUAUCAGUUUGACAGCUGACCUACAGCAGUGCAAAGAACAUGGUGUGGAACUUGUAGUAAUGGGCGACAGGUACAAAUUACAACGAGAGAUAAUAAGUCGUUUGAAAUCGAGUACAAAUGCAUAUUAUCGCGGAACAUGGCGUGAACCAUCACUGCUACCUUGUCAAAAUUUACGUAACAUUGCUCACGACUUUUUGGAAACACUUCAUUUAGAUAAAAGUUUUCUCGAUCCAUUUGCUGAUCGCUGCUUUUGCGCAGCGUGUGAACCCCAACGAAUUUGGACGCGAUCCGGAGAAAAGUAUGCUCUACCAAUCGGUUAUUAUCGUUAUGGUAUAGCAAUACGACGUGAUUUCGAUGAUAAGCGGGUGAAUAUCGAAAAUUGGCCGGUAGCUUACCAUGGAACAAAAGUGAACUGCGUGGUAUCAAUCAUACGCCAUCGACGUAUAAUGUUUCCUGGUGAUAUCCUUGAUGAUGGAACAAAACUAGUGCAGAGACUCGGACAGAUCCACGCACGAGCCGUUGCGCCUGAAGGCGGUUCAGUCAUCUAUAUAUCGCCAACGAUCAGAUAUUCACAGCAUGAGAUUUAUGCACCUUCGAUUCCAUUCAAGUCUUAUUAUGUUAAACUUGUACUUCAAUGUAGAGUAAAACCAAAUAGUUUCGGUAAAUUUCCAGAAACGCUUGCAGCUGGAAGUACAGAAUUCGAUCCAGAAUUUAAGAAUAACGAAAUAGAAUGGGUUACAGCAGAUAGACAAGCUGUUGUCCCCUAUGGUCUACUAAUUGGCGUUUCGAAGUAA